UUUUUAUACACAUACUCGUAGAGUAGGUGAUAGCGUAGCUUACUCGUACAUGUGUGUCUGUGUACAUUUCGUGCGUAUGUAUGUAUACUUAUCUAAUAUUUUCUAUAAUUCCUAAUACAAGCCAGCUACCCGGUCCCGGUUUAUAUUUUACUUGUACGAGUAAAUAUGCAUUGCAGUUGUAGAUCUAGGUACUAGGUAGCUGCUAGAGCUACGUAUGUACUCGCUACCACCUUCCUAUAGAUAUGCUAGGUAUUACGAUGUUCGAAAUGAUUAGGUAAUCGUUCGCAAUCGAUUUAUCGUGAUUCGGAAAUCGUGUACUCGACUACUCGUAUACGUGUACUAUGGCGUAAAAAUUUGCUCUAGACCUUUCUAAGUGCAAGUUGUGCGUACCUACUUAUGGUAGGUCUAGGUACUAGCGCCAGUAUUGAAAUUUUCGUUCAAGUUGACACUGCCAAAAUGUGUUUUAAACCGAGUAUUCGUACAAAUUGCGUAUAAUUUAGGACUAAGGUGAAGGUACGCGCUCGUAAAUUAAUUUGUUCCGUGUAUCUAUCGUACUCGUAUAUGGGGCUUGAAAUUGUUGUAAUUGCGCGAUGAAUUUUUUUUCGUACGUUUACACGACGUUCAAUUUGACGUGCCAGUGUUUCAGAGAUAAUCGUAAUCGUUCGUAAAUUAUUUUUCGUUCAUUUACUUACGUAGUGAGUUCGAUAUAUUUACGUAUUUUCCUAUCUUCGAUGAUCGGAACGAAAUCAUAGUACGUAUAUACGUACUCGUACGUAGACGUAGACGCGGGAUGGAGCCGGAGGGCACUGAUGGCGACUUGGAAAGCGUGCGUUUCAUCGCCGAAAAAACUAAUUGCUCGAUUGUAACAUCGCCAAGCAAGGAUGGAGAUGGUAAACGCAUUCUCGAGCAUGCGGCUGCGAAAUGGGAUCGUGUCGCGUUAAUAAGACAGUUGUUGGCAGCGUGGGGCGCCGUAAUCGGUUCCAUUUCAUUCGGCAUGACGACUGGAUUUUCGGCUACAUUGUCGCACAAUUUGAACAGAGGCGAUGAAGCGAUCGAAAUCGACCAAAACGCCGAAUCGUGGAUAGCUAGCAGCGUGGUGUUGUGGAUGCUGAUGGGCGUAAUUUGCGGCAGCGUUUGUAUGCGAUUGUACGGUAGAAGAAUAGCCCAGCUGUGCUUGUACGUGAAUUGGAUUUGCGGCUGGUUAAUCGUGUCGUACUCGCGCAACGUUUGGAGUCUGCUGGCCGGAUGCGUGCUGAUAGGACUAAGCGCCGGAAGUCAUUCGGUGGUUUCGGCCGUAUACGUGGGCGAAAUAUCGGAGCCCGGUUUUCGGGGCUUAAUCAGCGUACAAAUCAGUCUGGGGGUAGCCGUUGGUAUCCUCAUCAGCCACGCGCAGGGUGUACUGCUCGAUUGGAGAACGGCUCUGCGAAGUAGCGCCGUAUUGCCGGCCAUCGCUUUGGCCUUGGUGUCUACGUUCGCUUGCGAAUCUCCUACGUGGCUGCUGCUCAAAGGACGCGUUCAAACCGCCAAAAAUGUAUUUUUGAGGUUACGAAACGACGCUUUGAAUUGCGAAAACGAGCUAAACUCGUUGAUCGACGCGGCCGCUGCUUAUUCUAAUCGUCAAUCCCAAUCGCAAUCGUCCGCGUCCUCCUGGAGACGACAAAUGUCGUCGAAAGCUUUUCGCAAAUCGUUUCUAGUGCUGAACGUUUUAUUCGUCGUCCAGCAAGGUUCCGGAUUGAAUGUAAUCGUAUUUUACGCCGUCACAAUGCUGAAAACCUUAUCCGCCGAUAGCCAAAGUAGCAGCUCCGCCGCCGCCGCCACCGCCGAUCUGCCUUCUUCGAUGAUCAUCGUCGAUACGGUGCGAUUUUUCGCCACCUUGGCCGCCUGCGUAUUGAUCAAAGUCACCGGCCGACGCAAGUUGUACUUUUGCUCGGCCUGCGGAGCUGUGCUGUCGCUUUGCGCCGUCAUCGUCUGUACGCUUUAUCAACUUUCUCAUCUUACGUUAGUCCUGCUGAUGUGCGCUUAUAUCGCUUUUCUGUACGUUGGCGUGUCGCCGAUACCGUGGAUAAUGGUUGGCGAAUUAUAUCCGGCCAAUUUGAAAGAAUUCGGCAUUUGUAUUAGCAGUUUUUGUUGUUUUCUUACCAUGUUGACGGUGGUGAAAAGCGCUUUAUUUUUCAUCGUUCAUCUAGGAACUGCCAUCACAUUCGCCAUCUACGCUACUGUCAUGUUAGUCGGCGUUGUAUUUUUGUACUUUCAUUUGCCAGAAACGAACAAUAUCACUUUGCAACAAAUCGAGAAAAAUCUCAACAGUUGAAGUUGUACGAGGUGUACUCUUAAAUAGUUUCUCUCCGUGUUACCGAAGGCGAUAAUACCAACGCAAAUUAUGUAUCAUUUUUUAAAAUAAAAAAUGAAAUAUCGAUUAAAAA